AUGCCUGUCCUAGACAAAAACAUGCAGAAGAAAGAGAAAGAUACAUGCAGUAAAGAUGAGACAACAGUGCCAAAACUUCCAGUCCCACCACUGCAGCAGACUUUACGCAUGUACCUACAGUGCAUGAAACACUUGGUGCCAGAGGAGCAAUUUGGAAAGACCAAGGUCAUUGUGGAGCAGUUUGGAAAGGCAGGAGGCCUGGGAGAAUCCUUGCAGCAAUUGCUGGAGGAAAGAAGGGAAAAGACAACAAACUGGGUGUUUAACUACUGGCUGGAUGACAUGUACCUCAACAACCGGCUGGCUCUUCCGGUCAAUUCCAGCCCAGCAAUUAUCUUUGCUCAUCAGCAUUUCAAGGAUGUGAAUGACCAGCUGAGGUUUGCCGCCAAUCUCAUUUCAGGAGUGCAAGACUAUAAAGCUUUACUGGACACCCACGUUUUACCUGUUGAUUUUGCUCGUGGACAGCUGUCUGGUCAUCCUCUCUGUAUGAAGCAAUACUAUGGACUCUUUUCUUCCUAUCGUCUUCCAGGACAUACCAAAGAUACCCUUGUGGCCCAGAAAAGCAGUGUAAUGCCAGAACCAGAGCACAUCAUUGUUGCUUGUAACAACCAGUUUUUUGUUUUGGAUGUUGUCAUUAAUUUCCGUCGUCUCAGUGAGGGAGAUCUUUUCACUCAGUUACAAAAGAUAGCCAAAAUGGCAGAGAAUGAAGAGGAAAUGCUGCCUCCAAUUGGCCUGCUGACAACAGACGGAAGGACAGAGUGGGCAGAGGCCAGGACGAUCCUUAUGAAAGACUCUACUAACCGCGACUCUCUUGACAUGAUUGAACGGUGUAUAUGCCUGGUGUGCCUGGACAGCCCAAGCAGCGUGGAACUCAAUGAUACCAGCAUGGCAUUGCAACUGCUACAUGGAGGAGGCUUCCAUAAGAAUGGGGCCAAUCGUUGGUAUGACAAACCUAUGCAGUUUGUGGUAGGAAGAGAUGGCGUCUGCGGUACCGUGUGUGAACAUUCCCCUUUCGAUGGCAUCGUACUGGUGCAGUGCACUGAACACUUGCUCAAGCACAUGAAAGAAAGUUCCAAGAAACUAGUCCGGGCAGAUUCAGUGACCGAGCUUCCUGCUCCACGGAGACUAAGAUGGAAAUGUUCCCCUGAAAUUCAGACACAUUUGGCAUCAGCAGCAGAAAAACUCCAAAGGAUAGUCAAUAAUCUGGAUUUCAUUGCCUACAAGUUUGAGAACUAUGGAAAGGAAUUUAUUAAGAAACAGAAGAUUAGCCCAGAUGCCUACAUUCAAGUAGCACUUCAGCUGGCAUUUUACAGAUGCCACAGGAGACUUGUCCCCACCUAUGAAAGUGCUUCCAUACGCCGUUUUGAUGAGGGCAGAGUCGACAAUAUUAGGUCUGCUACCUCAGAAGCAUUUGCUUUUGUAAAAGCAAUGGCUGAUGAGAAGACAGUGCUAUCG